CGUCGUUAAUCUGUCGACAAUUAUUAAAUUUAAUUAAAAAAUUUAAUGACCCGUCGAGAAUCCGUCCACAUAUAUAAAUAAAAAAUAAUUAGUUUUAUUAUUUCGGAGAGCCGUCGAGAAUCCGUCGAGAAAUUAAGAUUUUUGAUAUUAGAUCCUCUUCCCCAAAAUCAGUUGCUCUAAAUAUCACUUCCCUACCCCCGCGCUAGCUGCUCCGCCCCCUGCCCCGUCUGCUGCCUCUCCUCGCCGCCGCGCCGCCGAAGUCGCUCUACACGAGCAGGUUCUCCGCUGCUCCGUUUCGUUUAUCUGAAUCAGUUGCCCCGUUCCGUUUCUAUGAAUCAGUUGCCCUAAAUCAGUUCUCUGAUUAUUUUAAUUGACGUCGGCCCCUGCUCCGUUCGCCGCGCCGUCAGCCGGAGUCCCCUGCUGCAGUCUGCCGCCGCUUCUCUCCCCUGCCGGAUCUCCUCUCUCUCUCUCUCUCUCAAAUUUGAAAGGAUUAUGUUCCAGAAGACAUAGAUAGCAUUUCUGGUUUUGAACCGCCUCAAUCACCCGACUCUAGCUACAACAACACUCAACUCGGUCAAGAGGAUUUUGGGAAGGAGCCACCCAUGGUUCCACCGCAUCUCAAUUUGACAUUACUGAAUGCACCAUCACCCCAGAUGGAGAUUCUGCCUCCUUACUCAAGACCGCAGCAUGUAGUGCUAAACCAUCUUUACAUGCACAGAGAUAGGAGCCGCCCGUCUGUCGUGGCACUUGGUUCUACCAAUCGCUUCCUUUCCAAAUACGUGACGGUGGUGCUUUACAAGUCCAUACAGAGGUAAAGAUUGUGCUAUGACUUUAGCCUUGAUUUCUCAGUGUACUUGAUAACAAUCAGAGAUACAUGUCAGGUAAAUUGCUUAUGUUGGUCUCUGACAUUUCAUACUCUGUGAGCUUGGACCAAGGCCAAGGUUAUGAAUGGGGCACUCGAAAUGGACUCUCAAGUUUGUUUGCACAAAAGAAGAAUGCCCUGAAUCCAUGGUUUUGGAAAAUGAUUAGGGAAAUCAUUAAGUUCAGAGACGACGCCUCUCUUUAUGUUGAAGAGCUCGAUAACAAUCCAGAUAUUGACCGGAAUGAAACACUGGUGACCUUCGUCCAAUCCCGUGGUUACUCUGAGUUAUUUCAGAAAGCUUUUCUUAUUCCAAUUUGUGCUUCUAUUUGGUCAUGGUCUUCGGCAGUGAUGACCUUCUCUGCCUAUUUAACACUUUCGAUCUUGCGUAAUCACGACAUUCUGGAGCUUCUUGGCCUCACUAAACGGUUUACACCGAAAUGGCUUUCACAAAGUUAUGUCAAUGGGAUCAAGAAAGAGCUGGAAAGUAGAGGAUGUCAAGUGAAAACUGAUUCUGAAAUAUGUUCAGUUUUUACCAAUGACAUGGAUGCUCUAAAGAUCCUAGGAAAGCAGGCGACAUAUGAUGAAUUAAGAAUACUUGGUGCUUUUCAAUAUGCCUACAGUGAUAUUUUCCUUCAUCAUGACGACAAUCUAAUGCCAAAAAUCCUAGGGGCAUGGGGCUCAAGGAAUUUUCUUGGAACUACCAAUGACAAAGCCUGUAUAACAUAUUGGCUCAACAGCGUUCAGGGGAACCGACUCUAGAUUGGACGACGAGGAAGAAGAUUGCAGUGGGAGCUGCAAGGGGGCUGCUGUAUCUCCAUGAGCACUGUGAUCCCAAGAUAAUCCACAGGAAUGUGAAGGCUGCAAACGUGCUGCUAGAUGAGCACUAUGAGGCCGUU